UACUUAUCGCCCCAGCCCAGCUAGGAUAGUUUCCAUCGGAAACUAAACACGCCGCAAGGAGUUCCACAAAUUCCCGUAAUUAUGAUAAACUUUGAGGGUAUAUUAGUAAUUUUAAACGUAGACUUCCCUACCAAGCUGUAAAAUCCACCGCCCGGCAAAUCCUCUCGCCGAAAUAUCCCAAAAUUUUUCUUCUCCCGCUUUCCCCGCCAUUUGCGUCUCACCAAAUUCUUUCUGGUCUACACUUCUUCCGUUUAGGGCUUUUCCGUGUUCUAAAUCCCACUGUUGAAACCCUAAUUUCCUGUUGAAGUACCCGAAUUUUUGCGUUUCUUGCUCGAAUUCGAUGGUUAUGAAUUCGAAUCGAUGCUCAUGUGUGUAUUGUUACGUCGCCUAAUCGAUGACAAACGCCGACGGUUGGAAUUACGGGGGUUUCGGUCAGGAGAAGGCGUGCCGGCUUUCAAAUACUAUACAUUCGGAGGUAGCGCCUUGCCUGCCAUUGCCGUCACUUCCGGUGUUCUGUGGCGCUCUUGAUCAGGAGCUUCGACUGUUGGAUGACCAGAGCAGUGCUCGGUCGUUGAAUAGGAAAGAUGUUCUUGCUCAGGCUAGUAAGAUUGCUGAUCUACUUAGAGACACUGACGUUUCUUACCUAAACAUUAGAGAUGAUGUUAGUUCGUCGCCCUACGGAUUUGCAGAACCUUUAAGCCUAUACAAUGAAGUUCUUCGAUACAACUCUGAAGCAUUUGGUUACUCCGUUCCAGGUCUUAUCAAGGAGGCUAACUACAAUAUCUUGGUAUCUGAAAAGAAACCUUUUGAACCAAAUGUUCCUGUUGUUAGUCAAGUCCAAAGAGAGCACGGAGAAGGUUUUAGUCAUCACAUCGGCGGGAAUCUUAGUAAUGAGGCACCACCCUCAGUUUCUUCUAGAAAACCAAAAGUUAAGAAAAAAGGGGGUGGAGAUGUAACUCUAUCAGCUGGACCAGAUCCUAUUGAGCUUCAAGAUGGCAUAAUUGGGAGCUUUUGUGAGUUGUUGGAGGACCUAUGUGGGAGAGCAGAGUUCCUUAAUGAUGAUCAGGAUGAAACAGAGUGGCCUUCUUUACCUCUUGCGGAUGUAAAAGUGCUUGUAAAUGAAGUUAUGUCUAUCCGGGCAAAGAAAAUUCUACACUUGGUUCCUGCGGAUAUUCUUAUUAGACUUCUAAUUAUAAUAGAUCGUCAAAUCCGCCGAGCAGAAGGUUUAUCUAUCGAAGAAAAUGAAAGUUCUGACUCAGAUCUUGUAUCAUCAAUUAUUUGUGCUCUGGAGUGCAUUCAUGCAGCAUUGGCUGUAAUGUCUAACCAUGAUAUGCCAAAGCAGAUCUAUAAAGAAGAGGUUAUUGAAAGGAUUCUUGACUUCUCUAGGCAUCAGAUCAUGGGCAUCAUGUCAGCUUGUGAUCCAUCAUAUCGUGCUUUGCAUAAACCAAGUGAAAAUGGGACAGUUGAAGAAGUUGAUGAUGAAGAGAUUGAUGCUGAAUUUGGUUCAGUGAGCAAGAAGCGCCGUGGUUCUAGGAGUGUUAAAAUGAAGAAGUCAACAGUGAACAAGGUUUCUGCUGCAGUUAAUUCAAUACUCCAGAAACUUUGUACAAUUCUUGGCUUUCUUGAGGACUUUUUAUUAAUAGAACGCCUACCAGAUAGUUGCAUUCUGCAGUUAAUGAAAACGAGCUUUGGAACCUUCUUAGUUGAUAAUAUCCAGCUAUUGCAAUUGAAGGCCAUCAGUUUAAUCUGCGGGGUGUAUUCUUCAUAUACACAGCAUAGGAAUUUUUUAAUAGAUGAAACACUUCAACUUCUCUGGAAGCUACCAUCUUCAAAACGUGCACUGCGAGCUUACCAUCUACCUGAUGAAGAGCAGAGGCAGAUUCAGAUGAUCACAGCCUUGCUGAUUCAGUUGGUUCAGUGCAGUGCAAAUCUUCCUGAAGCGUUAAGGCAACCAUUAACUGGAAGUCAAAUCUUAGAAGCCUCUCUUGAUCCUAGUUAUCCAACAAAAUGCCAUGAAGCUGCUACAGAGGGUUGCUGCCUUUUCUGGACUCGUGUUCUUCAGCGGUUUACAACAGUGAAAACCCAGGAUGCAUCUGAGUUGAAAGUGAUUAUGGAGAAUCUUGUUAUGGAUUUACUGACAACAUUGAACUUGCCCGAAUAUCCUGCUUCUGCUCCUAUUCUUGAGGUUCUGUGUGUCCUACUGCUCCAGAAUGCUGGACUGAAAUCAAAGGAUAUCUCUGCACGGUCCAUGGCCAUUGACAUUCUUGGGACAGUUGCUGCAAGGUUGAAGCGUGAUUCUGUUCUAUGCCACAUGGAUAAGUUAUGGAUUUUACAGGAAUUGGUUGGCGGAAACAGAGAUGAUGACAGUUAUCCGAAAGAUGUAUGUUCUAUUUGCCUUGAUGGAAGGGGUGGAAAAAUGUUGUACCUUUGUCAUGGUUGUCAAAGAUUGUUUCAUACAGAUUGUAUGGGAGUUGCAGAGCAUGAAGUUCCUGCUCGUGGUUGGUGCUGCCAAUUUUGUCUCUGUAAGAAGCAAUUGGUCGUUCUGCAAUCAUACUGCAAAUCACAGUCCAAGGAUGAUACCCAGAAGAAUGAGUUGGUGUCGGAAAGAACUUCUGAAGCUUCAGAAAUGAUUACCAAAGUGGAGAUUGUUCAACAAAUGCUCUUGAAUUACCUCUAUGAAGCUGGUUCUACAGAUGACAUACACCUUUUUGCUCGCUGGUUUUACCUUUGCCUAUGGUACAAAGAUGAUCCCAGAUCUCAGGAGAGGUUUGUUUACUACCUUGGUAGACUUAAGGCAAAAGAUAUUGUGCGGGACUUUGGGACAGUCUCUUCUUCGUUAACUAGAGACUCGGUCAAAAAGAUAUCCUUAGUGUUGGGACAAAAUAAUUCUUUCUCCAGAGGAUUUGAUAAAAUCCUCUGCAUGCUUCUGGCAAGUUUGAGGGAGAACUCUCCCAUAAUUAGGGCGAAGGCAUUACGUGCGGUUAGCAUGAUUGUUGAAGCCGAUCCAGAGGUUUUGUGUGAUAAACGUGUCCAAUCAGCUGUUGAAGGAAGGUUCUGUGAUUCUGCGAUCUCUGUACGGGAGGCUGCACUGGAACUUGUUGGUAGGCAUAUUGCUUCACAUCCAGAUGUUGGUUUGAAGUAUUUUGAAAAGGUUGCUGAGAGGAUAAAAGAUACGGGAGUGAGUGUUCGCAAACGAGCUAUCAAGAUUAUCAGGGAUAUGUGUAUUUCUAGUGCUAAUUUUUCAGAAUUUACUACUGCUUGCAUUGAGAUUAUUUCUCGAGUCAGUGAUGAAGAAUCCAGUAUUCAGGAUCUUGUCUGCAAAACAUUUUAUGAGUUCUGGUUUGAAGAACCUUCUGGCAUCCAGACUCAGUUUGUUGGAGAUGGUAGCUCUAUUCCAUUGGAAGUAGCCAAAAAAACUGAGCAGAUUGUUGAGAUGUUAAGGAGGAUGCCAAACCAUCAACCUCUUGUAACGGUUAUAAGACGCAACUUGGCACUUGAUUUUCUCCCACAGUCAGCUAAAGCUAUUGGAAUCAAUGCUGUCUCACUUGCAUCAGUACGUAAACGAUGUGAAUUAAUGUGCAAGUGCUUAUUGGAGAGGAUAUUGCAGGUAGAGGAAACAAAUAAUGCAGAAGGGGAGGUGGGCUCACUUUCUUAUAUGUUAGUUAUGCAUGCAUUUUGUGUAGUGGAUCCAAAGCUCUGUGCACCUUCUACAGAUCCAUCCCAGUUUGUAGUUACUCUCCAGCCAUAUCUUAAGACCAAGGUUGAUAAUCGAGCAGUAGCACAAUUGUUGGAAAGUAUAAUCUUUGUAAUUGAUGCUGUUCUUCCUUUGCUCCGAAAGCUUCCUCACAGUGUUAUUGAAGAACUUGAACAAGAUCUUAAGCACAUGAUUGUUCGGCAUUCUUUCUUGACAGUAGUUCAUGCUUGCAUCAAGUGUCUUUGCUCACUGAGUAAAGUAGCUGGAAAAGAUGCAACAUUGGUUGAAUAUCUUAUUCAGGUUUUCUUCAAACGUUUGGAGGCCCUUGGAACUGACAACAAGCAGCAAGUGGGGCGCUCUCUUUUUUGUCUUGGUUUGUUAGUCCGGUAUGGUAACGAGUUGCUGAUCACCUCGGAUAGCAGAAAUGUAGAUGUUGUUCAGAGCCUCAAACUGCUUAAAAAAUACCUCUCUUUGGAUGAUUUUGUCAUAAAAGUACGAGCCUUACAGGCACUGGGAUAUGUUUUGAUUGCUAGGCCUGAGUAUAUGUUGGAAGAGGAUGUAGGGAAAAUAAUUGGAGCAACAUUUGCAUCUGGUUGUGAUGUUCGACUCAAGAUGCAAUCAUUGCAAAACAUGUACGAAUAUCUUCUUGAUGCCGAAAGCCAAAUGGGAACAGAUAAGGUUGCCAGUAAUGCAGUAAAUCAUCCUGAAGGAAGUGGACAUAGCGUCCCUGUUGCUGCAGGUGCAGGCGAUACUAACAUUUGUGGGGGGAUAGUUCAAUUGUAUUGGGAUGGUAUCUUGGAAAGAUGUUUGGAUGUGAAUGAACGAGUUCGCCAAUCUGCCCUUAAGAUUGUGGAGGUUGUUCUACGUCAAGGUUUGGUUCACCCAAUUACUUGUGUUCCGUACCUUAUAGCACUUGAAACAGAUCUGCAGGAAGUGAACUCAAAGUUGGCACAUCAUUUGCUAAUGAACAUGAAUGAGAAGUAUCCUGCAUUUUUUGAAAGCCGUUUGGGUGAUGGUCUUCAGAUGUCAUUCAAUUUUAUUCAGUCCAUGAGUAGCAGUUCUUCUGAAUGUUCCAACCAAAACAAGGUUUCUACAAAUAUGAAAGGGAGAUCUGAAAGUAGCUCUUUUACCUACGCAAGGCUUGGAGUUUCAAGAAUCUACAGGCUUAUUCGUGGAAACCGUGUUUCAAGGAACAAAUUUAUGUUUUCUGUAGUACGAAAAUUUGAUUCUCCAAGUUGGAACCUUCAAUUGAUUCCCUUUCUUAUGUACUGCACAGAGAUACUUGCAUCUCUCCCAUUCACAAUGCCUGACGAGCCUCUUUACUUGAUCUACACCAUAAAUCGAAUAAUUCAAGUCAGAGCUGGAGCACUUGAAGCACAUAUGAAAGCCUUGUGUUCACAGUUGCUGCAAUUAGAUUCUAAUAAGAUUCCUUAUGAAAAUGGGGUAAUUCAACAGGAGCCAGUUGUUCACCCCAUGUAUGAUCCUAUGAUGUCUAAUGAUGCAAAGGUGGUUUAUGUGACCUCAAAUGAUUCUUCAUGUAGCAUGUCCAUAGAAAAUCUGCAAAAACUUCAGGUGGAUUGUCAAGUUGCUUGUCAAGCUGCAACUGCUUUGCAGCUCCUUUUAAAGCUAAAGCGACAUUUGAAGAUUGUGUAUAGCCUAAAUGAUGCACGAUGUCAAGCAUUUUCUCCAAACGAUCCUGUAAAGCAAGCGGAGGUUCUUUCCAAGCAGAGCAUUCCCUUCAACGUCAGUGAAACAUGCAGUAGUUUGCCAACUUCUUGUAAAGAAAUGGUUGAAAGAUACCAGGAAUUCAAGGCUGCAUUGAAGGAAGAUACGGUUGACUACGCUGUCUAUACAGCUAGUAUCAAGCGGAAGCGGCCCCCUCCCAGAAAUUCUAGAGGGGGGAGAUCUGGACGCGAGACAGGUGUUGAUUAUGAGGAUGAUUAUGUAGACGAUGAAGACUGGAUAGGUGGGCCAACGAGGAUAAACAAUAGCGGCAGGAAAGGCUAUAGCAGUAGAGGCAGGCAAAGGUUGUAGUUGUAACUUGUAAGUAUAAUUGUUAACUGACGUGUAUAUUAUGUAGCAUGGAGCUAGGGAAACUGAAAAAAGAAAAAAGUUGACAAGAAAAUUGAGAUAUAAAAAAAAAAAAAGAAAUUGGAGAAUAGAAGGAUUGAGGGAAACUGAAAUGAAAUAUAGCGAGCCACCAGAUUUGUUGGCUCUGGUUAGAGGGAAGUAAUUUCUGUAUCUGUAGGAAUAUUUUAACUAGCUGAAAAGCAUUGUACCAACUGGAAUCCCAUUUUCUUUAAUGAAAUUUGAUUUUCAUGUUUAUAAUA